UAGGCAACAGAAUAACGAAGCAAACAUGGCGGAGAACAAGCAGAGUGCAGAGGCCAUAGUGUCAGAUGUCCAUAAGAAGAUCAGAGCAGCCUUUGAGGCGUUUGACUUCGAGUCUAACAACACAGUGGAUGCCCGGGAGAUUAGCACCAUCGUCUAUUCACUGGGUUGCUUCCCCUUUCAGAAAGACCUACAUGACUUUAUAUCUCAGGUGGAAGAAAACCACUCAGGAUAUGUCCAUUUGGACAAGUUCCUCCCAGCCAUGACCAAAGUGCUGAUGGAGCACAAGUUUCCUCCCAUUCCUGAGGACCUUCUGCUUCAGGCCUUUGAGGUUCUGGACAAAGAAAAGAAAGGAUACCUGGAGCCUGAGGAGCUGACAAAGUACAUGACACAGGAAGGUGAGCCCUUCACUCAGGAGGAGAUGGAUGAGAUGCUGACAGCACUCGCUGACCAUGAGAAGAACCAUAUCUAUUACAAAGACUUAAUCAGCCAGCUUACCAUUGACCCUGACAUGUAGACAGUGUCACACUGUGUGUGUCAGUGUAACUGCUGACAAAUAUUAUGAACAAGUUUGUGUAUGUUUGGUAUUUGUGUUCAUGUCUGUUUUAGUAUAAUUAAUAAAUGUAUGCUUUGAGUUUUCAGACUUGUCUUUCAAUUCAGUUCAGAUACUUUUUUGUUGAAUUGGCAGAUUUGGGAAAAUGGAUCAAUGCACGGACCCCAUGUCUGACAACAUAUUUUAGAAGUCUGUUGUUUUGGUGUAACAUACAGAGGUGUUUUGUUCCCCCACAUUUACAUACUGUACCCAACUGCUUUCCUUAUUUCCAAACCUGACAAAGAUACAGCAUAAAUCACCUGGACGGAAGCAGUUCCCUUUAAAUGUAAAUUAUGUUAGAAAUUAGGAUCACCACACACAACUGUGAUGUGCUCUGUGAUGCUUUCAGUGUGCGUUAUAAUCAUGCAUUUGAGUGCAUUUUUUUGCAGGCUUAAUGCAAAAGAUAUGAGAGACAAACACAGAAUCUGAAAUGCACUUGUGUAUAUGAGAAGUAUAUUUAAGAAAGAGAGCUUGCUGCUGUGCCAACCCCCAGAACCUGGGCUCAAAAUAGAGGCUGGGGCAUAGCACUUGGUCUUAAAAUAAAAGGCUCCUUGCAAGCUCUGCAGCGGUGGACUUAAAGUAUGUGUAUUUUAUAGGCUACAUGGAAAACAGAAACAUUUUUAAUCCUGUGUAAUCUGGAUAUGAGAGGAGAAAAUCAAGCACAUCAGACUCAUGUGAGAGUGGCAGGUUACAUUUAUGAUUCCUUUCUGAUGUCACCUUCUUAUUACUUAUUAAUUACCUCACCUACCCCGAAUUCCUUCAGUUGAGAUUAGUUAACUGUGGAGUAUCACUGUGCAAAGGAAGCUAGACUUCUCAAAGGGCAUA